AUGUUCACUCUCGUCGGAUCGAAGCUCGCUUCUUCGGCUCUUGCAUCUACCGCACGUACUCAGCUUCGUCCGUCCACGACUGGCUUUUCAGCUCUCGGCACUACGAUCAACUCUUCCAUCACAACGCGAACACUCCGUUCGCUCGCCGAUCUCGAAAACAUGUCGACUCGUACAUCUGGCGUGGACGCGGCGUCUCACCACUCGAUGCUGCCCUCCAAAGUUCGACCCAAGCAGCCCGCUUCGGCGCUGCCGCCUCCGUCGAUCAUCCUUACGCUCUCCGGUCCCGACGGCCCAGGCAUCGUGCAUAGGAUCUCGGGCUUCUUGGCACGUCGUAACAUGAACAUCAUGGACUCGGCGCAGUUCGGCGACCCCACCACAGGCACGUUCUUCAUGCGCGUUCACGCCUCUGAGCCCGAACCCGAACACGGCUCGCACCCAGACCCAAGUGCUCCAAAUUACGCUCAGCAGCGAAAUGCUUUUCUUGCCAGAGUCAAGGCGGAAUUCGACGACGAGUUCGCCAAACAGGCCGACGUUUCCGUCAAGAUCUUUGGCGCAGAGGAAAAACCACGCACGCUGAUCAUGGUCUCCAAGAUCGGUCACUGUCUCAACGAUCUUCUCUUCCGUCUUUCCAACAAGACUCUGCCCAUCACCGUGCCGCUUAUCAUCUCGAACCACCCAGAUUACGAGCCGCUCGCCAAGGCUAACGGGAUCCCCUUCUACCACCUCCCCAUCGAUGUCGCUCAGGGCAAAACAAAGGAAUGGCAGGAAGCCGAGAUGGUCAAGCUCGCCAAACAGUACGACAUUGACAUGAUCGUCCUCGCGCGUUACAUGCAGAUCCUCUCUCCGCAACUGUGCAGUCUGUUCAGUGGCAGGAUCAUCAACAUCCACCAUUCCUUCUUGCCGAGCUUCAAAGGCGCAAAGCCAUACCACCAGGCGUUUGAGAGAGGCGUCAAGUUGAUCGGUGCCACAGCGCAUUUUGUGACCGCGGACCUGGAUGAAGGACCCAUUAUCGAACAGGCUGUCGAGAGGGUCGAUCACGCCAUGACGCCCGCCGACCUCGUCCAGGCGGGCUCGGAUGUCGAGGCACGCGUCCUCGCCAGAGCCGUCAAGUGGACAGCCGAGAGGAGGGUGCUUUUGAACGGCGCCAAGACUGUCGUUUUCAACUAA